AUGGGUGAUGUUCUAGCAUAUGAAGCUGAGUUACUUGGGCUAGUCAAAGAGUAUUUGGAUUUUGCUGGAUUUCAAGAAACAGUGAAAGUACUUAAAAAGGAAUGUAAAAUAAAAGGGAAGCCACUAACUAAACCAGCAGAUGCUUCCUCAGAAGAUGCAUUGCAUGUUCAGGAAGGAAUGCUUACAGCAUUUGAAGAUGGGGAUCAGAAAGUUUUCUUCCAGCUCUGGGAGGAGCAUAUUUUGUCCUUAGUCCAUGACAGUGAUCCAGUUGCUCAGAACCUGGAGUUCUAUCUCCACAUCUACUUUGCCACCUUCCUCUUGAAACAAACUAUGGGAAAGCCUGACAAAGCUGAACUUGAGGAAAGGAUUUCCUAUUUCAAGGCAUACCUGGAAACAAAAGGAGCUGCACUGAGCCAGACUACAGAGUUUCUUCCCUUCUAUGCUUUGCCUUUUGUUCCGAAUCCCAUGGUGCAUCCUUCAUUUAAAGAACUUUUCCAGGAUUCUUGGACAUUGGAUUUAAAGAAAAGAUUGGAAAAGUUUCUGUCUCUGACUCUCAAAUCCAGACAGACUCCUCGGCUUCUCACUAUAUUUAAGGAGAGUGGACAGUGCAACAAAGAAAUGAUGCAACAUCUUCAUCAACAGUUAGUGAAGCGUGAGCAGAGGUACAUGACCAACCUGAAACGACUUCACAAAUUGCAGAUGGACUACCGUAAUCUCCUUGGAGUCACUGCAGAGCUGGUGGAUUCUUUGGAGGCCACAAUCACUGGCAAGAUGAUUACACCAGAACAUCUUCAAAGUGUUUUUGCUUGCUUGUUUAGCAAUCACUUGAAACAAACUGUAGCACACCACAUUGACUUCUCGAGGCCUGGAACUGCUUCCACACUGUUAAGAGCAUCUUUAGCCUCUAUAAAGUUACAGGAUGUGCCAUUGUUGCCCUCUUUGGAUUAUGAGAAGCUGAAGAAAGAUUUGAUUACAGGGAGUGAUCGUCUCAAGGCCCUCUUACUUCAGGCUCUGCGCUGGCGCUUGACAACAUCAUAUCCUGGAGAACAGAGAGACACUAUCAUGCAAGCCUACAUCAGUAAUGACCUCCUAGAUUGCCACAGCAACUGCCAGAGAAGUGUCCUCCAGUUAUUAUAUUCUAAGAGUGAGGUAGUCAGACAGUAUAUGGCAAGACUCAUCAAUGCUUUUGCUUCACUGAUAGAAGGUCGUGCCUACCUUUCUCAGAACCCAACAUUGCUGCAAAUGCUGGAGGACAGACUGAAAGCUGAAGACAAGGAUUCCCUUACAUGGGAGAAUGUUCUGGGGGCUCUGCAGAAAUUCAGCCUCAGGCGUGCACUGCAGUCAGCAAUGAUCAAAGAUGGGCUCAUUUUCUGGCUGGUUGAUGUUCUAAUAGACCCAGAUUGCCUGUCUGAUUACAACCUGGAGUAUUGUGCUGCCUUGCUCAUGAAUCUUUGUCUGCGGAGUGCAGGAAAGAAAAUAUGUGCAAGUAUCCCAAACCACAUGCUCAGAGUUCUUUCUGGUCUUCUUGACCAUGAGAAUCCUAAGAUCCAGUCAUAUGUGAAUGGAGCACUGUACAGUAUUCUGGCCAUCCCUUCUGUCCGAGAAGAAGCCAAAGAAAUGGGAAUGGAAGAAAUUCUGCGCUGCUUUAUGAAGGAAAGGAAUGAAGAGACGGUUCGACAGAUUGAAUUUGUUAUCAAGCAACUCAAUUCAGAGCCAUUCAAUGAUAGUGUUGUGUCUGAAGAUGAUGAGGAAGAAGAAUAUGAGGAAGAGGACAGUGACAUCCUGGAUCCUGAUCUGGACAAAGAUGAGGUUUUGCUGCCUCAGAUGGGAGAGCUUUCAGGAGAGAAGCUGCUAACAACUGAGUACUUGGGAAUAAUGACUCACACUCCAAAAACUAAGAAGAAGCAAUUUGCUGGUGUCCAUCAGAGUAUAGAUGAGCCUCUCCAGAGACCUGUGACACCAGGUUCUCACAGAACUGCAUAUCUAAUGCCAGAAAACGGUAUCAAUCCUUGUCACAAUAGGGAUGAGAAGCUGCAGUCUCCACCAAGUGGUCCUUCUUCCAUUUGUGGUGGGAGCCAGUCCAGCAUUUCUGACUUCUGCAUUUCCCCCUCAUCAGUUGAAAUGAAGUCAUCUGAAGUAUUUGCAUCCAGCCAUAGAAUGGACCAACACAUCCCAGCUGGUGAUACCUUGUCUUCUCAAUCUGUUGACUUCACUGAGGACAAAGCAAAUGAUCAAUCACAUAGUGAGUUUGCCUUAGCCUUCACCAGCAAACCUAAGAUCCCUCGCACUCCUGAUGGGCAGAGCACCAGCCCUAGAAAAGGAAAGGUCCCAGCCAUUGCCCCCCAGUUCUCUCAGUCUGAACCCCAACAAACAAGCCAUCCAAGCUCCUCAGGAUCAUCCACAAGGAGCAGACACAGCAGCCAGUCCUACAGGAAGUGAGAACAGUUCCUUUCCUCGAGAAUCACCUCUCACAUUGUUGAAGGACAGAGCCAGCUUCCUGUAAUGAUCUUUGCAGGUGACCUACAGAGGAGAGUGAGGCUGUUGACACUGCAGGCCUUGCACAGGGAUUCAGGAUUAUCUGAUGGGAUGUGUCUGUGGUCUCUAAAGCUGGCUAAGACAAGGGCCUUGUUCUUGAAUUCAAAGUCUCAGCAGCAGCCCAGGACUGACAUGGGAGAUGGAUAUUCUCUGGUAGUUUACUCCACAGUGACAUUGCCACCUUGAGAAGAAACUCUUGCUCUCUGCCUUCUCUGUCAGAGUAAAUGGCCUUUGGAAACAGAAUGUAGACUCAUCCCAGGAGUCUCACCAAGCAACUGUAUUUUUUACUUAUUGCUUGCUGAAGCAGCCUGCCGAUUGAUUUUUUCAAUUGAUUUUUGCCUGUAUGACCGGGUUGGGAGGUAUCUGUGUUCAGAGGAUCUGUGUGAAGAGGGACAGUG